AUACAUUUCAUAUUGCUCUUCAGUCGACAAGGGAAGCUGCGGCUGCAGAAAUGGUAUACCACUCUCUCCGACAAGGAACGGAAAAAGAUCACCCGGGAAAUUGUUCAGAUCAUUCUCUCCCGUGGUCACAGGACAAGCAGUUUUGUUGACUGGAAGGAGCUGAAACUUGUGUAUAAAAGGUAUGCUAGUUUAUAUUUUUGCUGUGCAGUAGAAAAUCAGGACAAUGAGCUCUUGACGCUAGAGGUUGUGCAUCGUUAUGUGGAGUUGCUCGACAAAUAUUUUGGAAAUGUCUGUGAGCUGGAUAUCAUCUUUAAUUUUGAGAAGGCGUAUUUCAUCCUUGAUGAGUUUAUCAUAGGUGGAGAAGUGCAGGAGACAUCCAAGAAAGUUGUUGUCAAAGCCAUUGAAGACUCUGACAUGUUACAGGAGACCAUGGAAGAAUACAUGAACAAGCCAACAUUUUAACUGCAUGGUUACUGGAAGGUUUGGAGUGCUACAUCUUGUGAACUUCCUGAAGAAACACCUUUUAUCCAGUCUUUUCACAGAGCCCAUGGCAGCAUGCCAAAUGCAUAACUUGAAGGGAUUCUUAUUAACCAGCAAAAUCUUGAAGUUGUCAUUCAUAAUAUACUUACAAUACUGUAAGUCUGUAUUAUAUUAUAUGUGAGUACUUUGGUUCUGGAUGUUUAACUGUCAUGUAACCUAAUGGACUGCACCAUUUUAACUCCAUGUGCUGUUUGUCAGAUAAUUUUGGGAAAUGAUUGCAAUCUGUUCUGGUGCCUCUCAUCCUCAUCUGACAGGUUGCAAAGCAUGUGGUUAUAAUCCAUGACUUUGAAUGUGAAAUUCAUCUUAUAUCACUAAUGUUUCCAAAUGUUUAGUUUUUAAAAUUGUAUACUCAUUCAAAUCUAUGUUAAUAGGUUGGAGCUCACACAUAAUGUUAGAGAAUUUUAUAACUGUUAAUGAUACUCUGAUUCCAGUCCAGAUACAAUGUAUCUGUGUAUAAUAUCCUGGAAUUCACUUUUUUUUUUUUUUUUUUUACAAUUGAAACUAAGGAAAAAACCAAAAUAGUAUAGAACUUAAUGUUUCUGAGCAGUUAGGGGCUACAAUCUAGCAGAGAUUUUAUUUUAGCUUUUUACUGAAUAUUAAGGAUAUUUUAAUAUGGUUACAUUUUCUACAAGCUAUAUAUUUAUUAAGGCUUUAAGACAUACAGUGUCUAUGACAUCCCUUAUUAUAUAAAAUAGUAUGAUAAGGAUGAAUGACAUAACAAUAAUUAUUAUUGCUACCACUAUUUUUAAAGAUCCCCAGGCAAUUUUAGUUGCUUGAGGGAUUUUAUUGCAAAUAUGUUGUCAUAUAUGUUCAAUGUAUCUGAAGAUGAUUUUUUUAAAGCAUUGACUAUUCCUGCAAUUGUGUGGUUGCUGCCUUGCCCUUUUGAUAACUGCCUUCCUGCUCCCUGUCUUAAAGAAAAUAUUUGCUGCUGACCAUUACUGCUGUGAAUAUGUCACAUUUGUGCUUCCCGGAAUGACAAUUCUGUGUAAGUGGAUACUGAAUGUGAUCAGACAUAUCAUGGAGAAAUUGCUUGUGCUGCUCCAUGUGCCUCUUUUCAAUGUAAAUGUUAAGGUCAAGUAUCAUUUAUCUUGGAGUGGGAAGGGACCCUCUGACAUCCUCUGGCACUUUAUAAAAAGGAGAGUGUGCUAGCUCUUGAAUACUGUAGCAGAUCCCAUGUGUAUACCUAUGAAAAAGUGAUGGUAAAAGGUUCAUUUCAGCAGACAUAGGUGGGGGAAAAUGACCGAACGACAACAGAGCAGAGGAGAAGAUCAGCCAAUUUCUCAAAGUUAUCAUUUUUCAAAGAAAGUAAUUCUAAUCAGUAGAUGGAGUAACCAGUGGAUUUUUGACAUGUAUAUUUUCCAGAAAUUAAUGAUAUAAUUUACAAUCAUGGAAGAAGGCUGAAGUUUAAUUUUGAUUGACUUGGUUUUGUGAUUACCUUUUUUGUAUUUAAAAAAGUUUUUUUUUUUUUUUUAAGAUGAUAGAACUUUUCAAGACAGCUUGUAAAGGUUACUUCAUGUAAAUCCACUGCAAGUUUUCUGUUUCUUUCACGUUUUCUGCCAUUUUGAAUAAAAGUAUAUAUUGAGCCUCAUUCAAACGUACUGUGCGUAUGGUGGAUGAUUUCAUAUUGGACCCUACUAACUACGCACAGGGAUUCUCCAAAUUCUUCAUGUCAGUGUCUUAUAUAGGAGAGCAUUGCGCCUGUGUGGAAUACUGGGGUAAAGUCAGGGGACUUGGGGACAUGUUACAUAGGCCUUGAUGAAAAUAAUCAUUUUCAUAUUAUGUAAUUAUAAAAAAGUACCACAUAAAAAGAAAAUAAAUGAAAAUUUGUGUAAAUUUCCACAUGCUUUAAGCGAGGCACUUGAGUGUGUUUUCAUGAGCAUAGUUUUUUUUGAAUCAGACUUUAUGCUUAAAGUUGAUGCCCGUAAUUCCCGUGAAGUCCCUUUGAUGUAAGCUCUUCCCUGUCUUGACACUUACCAAGGAAAAUCUUCAGACACAGGUGAAAAGGAAUCCAAGAUGAUCUGUUUGUGAUCUCACCAUUUUCCAGACUGAAACUAUUUCCAUGUCUUUAAAUGUCAUGUAUUAACCUAUUCACGAUAUUAUUCAAAGGUGGCAUUCCUUCUCUCCUCCGGAAAAUAGUGAGUUUCUAGUCAGACAGUUGAGUGGUCCUGCAGUUGUGCGGGCUUCUGCUGCUGUUGCUGUGAUUUCAUCACCAGCUUUAAGAGGACAUUCUUAUUAUAUAAUUGCAAAUGUCAAAAAUCUUAGCUGCAGAAUCGGUGUUUAAUGGAAAUAUGCUGAUGUGAGUUAUUCAACUAUUGUCAUACUUGGUAACAUGUAGCGAUAGAUAGGCAUUUUUGGCUGAUAGCUUACUUCCAAAUAUUUUGCUGGAAGGAUCUGUUGAAUUUGCAGAGUUCAUUAUUAAUAUU